CAUCUAUCCCCGCCGCUCAGUUUGAGCGUCAGUUCGGGAAGAAGCUGAGAUAAACAUGGCGUUCAGUACCGCGGGUGGGACCAAGAAGAAGGUGUGCUACUACUACGACGGCGACAUGGGGAACUACUACUACGGGCAGGGACACCCCAUGAAACCGCACCGCAUCCGCAUGACCCACAACCUGCUGCUGAACUACGGCCUCUACAGGAAGAUGGAGAUCUACCGACCGCACAAAGCCACGCUGGAGGAGAUGACCAAGUACCACAGUGACGACUACAUCAAGUUCCUCAAGUCCAUCCGGCCGGACAACAUGUCUGAGUACAGCAAGCAGAUGCAGCGCUUCAACGUGGGCGAGGACUGCCCCGUGUUCGACGGUCUGUACGAGUUCUGCCAGCUGUCCUCGGGAGGAUCCGCUGCGGGGGCGGUGAAGCUGAACCGACAGCAGACGGACAUCGCCAUCAACUGGGCGGGCGGCCUCCACCACGCCAAGAAGUCGGAGGCCUCGGGGUUCUGCUACGUCAACGACAUCGUGCUGGCCAUCCUGGAGCUGCUCAAGUACCACCAGAGGGUGCUGUACAUCGACAUCGACAUCCACCACGGCGACGGCGUGGAGGAGGCCUUCUACACCACCGACCGCGUCAUGACCGUCUCCUUCCACAAGUACGGGGAGUACUUCCCCGGCACCGGCGACCUGCGGGACAUUGGAGCAGGGAAGGGGAAGUACUACGCUGUCAACUUCCCCCUGAGGGACGGCAUCGAUGACCUGUCCUACGAGCAGAUCUUCAAACCCGUGAUGGCCAAGGUGAUGGAGAUGUACCAGCCCAGUGCGGUGGUGCUGCAGUGUGGGGCCGACUCGCUCUCUGGAGACCGUCUGGGCUGCUUCAACCUGUCCAUCCGUGGUCACGCCCGCUGUGUGGAGUACAUGAAGUCGUUCAACCUGCCCAUGCUGAUGCUGGGGGGCGGGGGCUACACCAUCAGGAACGUGGCCCGCUGCUGGACCUACGAGACGGCCGUCGCCCUGGAUACCGAGAUCCCCGACGAACUCCCGUACAACGACUACUUUGAGUACUUCGGACCGGACUUCAAGCUGCACAUCAGCCCGUCCAACAUGACCAACCAGAACACGACCGAGUACACGGACAAGAUCAAGCAGCGGUUGUUUGAGAACCUGCGGAUGCUGCCGCACGCGCCGGGCGUCCAGAUGCAGGCGGUGCCAGAGGACGCCAUCCCCGACGACAUCGUGGACGAGGACGCAGACGACCCCGACACGCGUGUCUCCAUCCGCGCCUCAGACAAAAGGAUCGUGUGUGACGAGGAGUUCUCCGACUCUGAGGACGAGGGAGAGGGAGGAGCUAGGAGGAACGCAGCCAAUCACAAGAAGGGAGCCAAGCGACCCCGAGUGGAGGAGGAGCUGGAGGACAAGAAACCCGACGUCAUGGAAGAGGAACAAACGAAAGAAGCUACUGAUGAGAAGAUGGACACCAAGAGUGUGAAGACUGAGCCGGCCAGCACUGCCUGAUUUUUGGAGACUUUUAUUUUGAAAGUCCCUCCUUACGCCCACUGCUGUCGGAGCUCCGCCCACUACAGAUCUGAAGCAUGAUAUUUAUUAUUGAAGUAAAUGGUUUGCUCCCACACUCCCUAAUAUGUCCCAAUACUCAGGGUCAAAGGUGACAUAUUAUACCACCGGGUGUGAGUGGGAUUAGCUGAUACAAGGCGUUUUGAAAACCUGCCUCUUCUGACAUCACAAGUGGGUGAGUCCAUCUAGUGUGCUGGCCACGCCCACUUGUGAUGUCAGAAGAGGCAUGUUUUCAAAACGGCUAAUCACACUCUCGGUAUAAUGUUGGUAUAAUAUGUCGCCUUUAAAUAUUUCUCUUCCUUUUCUGGAAAAUAAAUGUAAUGGGGUUUUUUUAGAGUAAAAAUGAUCACGUAGUUGAAAUGUGCAACAGCCCUGUAAUUUGAUGAUAACGUUGAUAUUUAGCAUUUAAUAAUAAAAGAUUUGAUAAUA